GAGGGAUUUGAGUCUAAGAAGAAUGUCAUGGUCAAGAAACCAACAAUUGCUACUACAGUCCAUUCCAACACUUCCAGAAGUGGACAAAUGGGACAUAAAGUUGUGCAGGCCAUUCUACAUCAGCGAAAAGGGAACAUACAAGAACAUCAGACAAAAACCAGAAAACUAGAUUCCAAAGUACAAAAGAAAGAGGAUGAUAAACGUUCUAAAUCGGAUCUAAAAAUGUCUGUAGAUAUCAAGCAAGAUUCAGCAAACCAAACCCAUAUAAAAUCAGGCGAACUGAUCUAUCACAAUGUGAGCCGAGCUUCAGCCUUUGUAAAUGAAACAAAUGUGGAAUUGAAAGGCAAGGGAAGUUCGGCAAAGGCAACUGAUAGAACAGAACCAGGGAAGGUAACAGAAAAGACUGUUUUGGCUGUGAAGAACGCAUCUAAAAUCGCUGCAAAAAAAUUCCUCCAAAAGACCAACGUGAGCCAGGGUAAAGUUGACAGAACACAAACCACGGAUGAUCACAGAAGUAGCAGCAGUUCUCAAAAAGGAGAAGUAGCUCUUAUUUCUAUCAGGGUGCAAAACGUAACUUCCAGGGGUUUCACCAUCAUUUGGGAGGCACCUCAAAGAGCGUUUAAAAAUUUCACUUUGAUCAGAAGAGAGUAUAGGACAGAAAUGGAGGAAGAAGAUGAGGUUGAGGAGAACAAAGAGGAGGAGGAGGAACAAAGUGAAGGAGGUGCUUUGGGUCAAAAGGACAGUGACAGAUUGAAUAUUGAUCAAAGUGCUAUGGGCAAAGGUGUCGGUCAUACAAAGAUAAGUAACAACAGCAUAACAGUUCAUGCAUCGCUGAAACCCCACAACGAUUCAAGGACCAAAACACAUCUCAGAAGAUUCACACAAGUUGUUGCAGGCUCAGCCCGCUCCCUGUCAUUCCGGAACCUUCACCCUCAGUCUCGAUACUCAGUGUCACUGUACGGAACAAGCCCAGGACUGCGAUCCAAAAUCCAUCGCAUCACUGUCACUACAGCUCCGGAGCCCCCCGCUGAUCUGCUAUUUAGCGAUGUUACCCAUUCAUCUCUUUCUGUGUCCUGGACUAAGCCGAGAAACCCAGUAGACCUCUUCAAAGUCACCUACGCUAACACUGAAAACGGGAAGCCUGUCACUGUGACCGCCGACUCCCAGCAUUCCAGUUUGCUUCUCUCUCAGCUCUCCCCUGGCUCCUCCUAUGAGGUCCGUGUGUUCUCCAUGAAGGGAUUGGACGAGAGUGACCCAAUCACUGGCCUUGUUGUCACAGUCCCUGACCCUCCAACAUCCCUGCGGAUCAUCAACAUAACAAACACCAAGGCUGUCCUGCAUUGGUCACCCGCUUUGGCUAAAGUUGAUCGCUAUAUAGUGAUUUAUGGGUCUGAAAAUGUGCGGAAUUUGACAGUGACUGUCCCAGGCAAUGCAGCUGUACUGCAGAUGAAGGACCUGCAGAGUGCCACUGUAUACCAUGUGACAGUGACUAGUCAGCUAGACAGCCUGCAGAGCAUCGCAGCCAGUGCAACCUUCACCACGGCAGGGGAAAGUGGAUGGAGAUGGGAGCACCAUCUGAUAACCAGUCAGGUGACCCCACGUUCUGCAGUGUUGUCAUGGAGACCACCAAGUGCAAAGGUGACGGGAUAUAAGCUAUCCUAUCAGAUGGCAGGAGAGGAGAUGAAGGAAAUGAUCCUUGACUCUACUGUGACACAACAUAGACUCACUGGAUUACUGCCGAUGUCCAAAUACACUGCAAAGAUACAGGCAGCCAGAAUGGGGCGUUACAGUGCACCCAUCUCCGUUGAAUUUAACACAGACCCACUGCACUUCCCCUUUCCUACGGACUGCUCUCAGGAGCUGUUAAACGGCCUGCGGCCCUCCGGAGAGGUGCUGAUCUACCCCAGUGGCAGGCAGGGGGCGGCUGUGCGGGUCUACUGUGACAUGGAGAGUGAUGGAGGCGGCUGGACGGUCUUUCAGAGAAGAAUGAAUGGAAGGACAGACUUCUUUCGGAGUUGGAAUGACUACAGCAAAGGCUUUGGCAACUUGAGUGAGGAAUUCUGGCUUGGAAACGAGCCGAUUCACAGCCUGACCAGCCUGGAGCCCAUGGUGCUGAGGGUGGACCUCGCGGCCGGAGCGGAGUCCGCAUUCGCCCACUACUCCUCUUUCUCCAUAGAUUCACAGAGAAAGUUCUACACAGUGAACCUGUCUGGGUACUCAGGCACUGCUGGCGACUCCAUGCAGUAUCACAAUGGGCGGCCAUUUUCCACCAAAGACAGAGACCCCAAGCCUGUCCUCAGUGGAUGUGCUACGUCCCACAGGGGAGGCUGGUGGUACAAGGACUGCCACGAGGCCAACCUCAACGGCCUGUAUGACAUCAACACCAACCACCAGGGUGUGAUCUGGAUGGCAUGGAAAGGCCGGGAUUUCUCCAUUCCCUUCACCGAGAUGAAGAUCAGACCGCAGUCAUUCAUCCCACAGUCUCAGGAAUAGAGUCACACUGAGAUAAAUGGAACGUAGCUUGAUUCUUAUCUGCAAGACAAUGUGCUCACAAGCACACACUCACAUACACAACCAUGGCACGGCCUCCAAACACUCAGCCAGACAGGCCUGCUACAUGAUUCCCAAGCCUAAAUCAUCACACGGGCUUAGAUUUCAGGUUUUUACAGAAGAGCUUCUAUUAAAGACCACUUCGGAUGUGAAUCGAUUCUAAAAUACGCAACACCGUCGGCCAUUUUCAUGCUUUACAGUUUACAUAAGAAAAUAUGCAACUGAUCCUUUUUAUUUUGAACUGCUAGAAGUUUAGCCUUAAUUAAUGCUGAUAGCAAAACAAACACGCACGAGACCAGUAUGUAAUGGGAACAGUGGCCCCUAAAACUGACAUUAAGCCCGGAGUAGUAAGCUGUGCUGAAAUGAGUAGUUUUAUCUUAACUCGAUUACUUGUUUGAGGCCGAUGUGGUUAAAAACAAAGUGAUAAACUAGUGACCAGCAGAGACAAAUGUGUGAAAGGUGAUUGUGAUAAGUAAGAUACUGCGGUCAUGUGUGACGAUGGACGUGUACGGCCGUAGGGUGCAGUGAUAGCGCAGCCUGCUGUCGAGGUCAGAGGGAGAAAUGCGCAGUUGGAAUGGAGACACGUCAGUAAGAGCCUGUUUAAAUACCAAGCGCUCGUACAGCACAGAGGCUGUUACACACUACGAUCCACUCACUGUCAUUUAUUCAGCAGAUGCUUUUAUUCUAAGUGACGUACAAUUGCGAAAGCUGGGAGCAGCUGGGGUCAAGGGCCCCACUCAAGAGCCCCACUCAAGGGCCCAAUGGUGAAAUCAAUCUUCUUUUAAACCAGUGAUUUUUCCUGAUCCUCAGUGCUGCACACACCCCCAAGAAAGAUCAUCCUACCCCAUGAGGAUCAAGCUCAUAACCUUCAGGUUAGAAGAAGACUCUACCUAGAGUAGUAACAAGGCAGCUGACCACAAUGAACCAGCACCCCCUCUCCCCCCCCCCCCCCCCCACAUCCCUGACCAAAGCCUUGAACUCGUGUUGCCUGUUGUAAGUGUCUAAGCUGAUCUGUGUUUUUCCAGCACUGAAUAAACUGUUAUUUCAGAUAUUCUUUCCUGUCCUUGAAAGUGUCUCUGUAUCUCCCAAUUUUUUGUUUUUCUCUAACACUUAAUAAAUAAAC